UGUUCUAUUCAAAGCAGCUACUCAAAAGGAGUUGAGUUACUAUGUCUUCAUUGCCUAUUCAUUUGUUGUCUCCACUCUUGUUCUCCUUUUGCCUCUCCCCUUCUUUAUCAAAUGGUCAAGAGGGCUUCCUCCUUUGAACAUGUCUCUAAUCUUCAGAAUUUUUCUCCUUGGAGUUUUGGGAGUUGUAGCUCAGCUUUUUGGAUAUAAAGGACUUGAAUACACAACACCUACUCUUGCUUCAUCUCUUUCCAACCUUAUACCUGCUUUUACAUUCAUCCUAGCUAUCAUUUUCAGGAUGGAGAAGGUAAAAUUAAGAUGGAAAAGCAGUCAAGCAAAAAUCUUGGGUUCUACGGUAUCAAUAUUAGGUGCACUCCUAGUUGUUCUUUAUAAGGGUCCAAUAAUCAUACCCUCACCAUCAACACAAUCACCACCUAUUAUUCAUUCUCCAAUCACUUCUUCAACAACAGAAUCAAAUUGGAUUCUUGGUGGAUCUCUACUUGUUAUUGAGAUUCUUAUUGUUCCAAUAUGGUACAUUAUUCAGGUAUAUUGA